CACAGUCGAGUCAUAAAGCUAGCGAAGUGUAUACAUCAAAUAUUUUUUAAGGACAGUAUUUUAUAAUUUUGCAUACGCAUAUAUUGAAUUCCAUAACGCGGCAUCAUGGCAAAGCGCAUUAAAAUAAUCGGUAAUUGUGCGUUUUGCAAGCGUGCUGUGGGCGCCGAUAUGCGACCCAUAAAUGAGAUAACCGAGGAUAAGGAGGAGUUUAUGAAGGACUUUGAGACGGCGGAGCAGGCUUUACAAGAGUCGUCACAGCCCAGCACAGCAAGCAAUUCAAGUGAUGUUUUUACCAAUACCAUGCUGGGUCUGGUUAAGGAUGCAUUCGAGCGACCCUUGGAGUCCAAGGAGCGGAUAUCGAAAGAGAACGCCGAGUUUAUAAUGUCCAUGCUGGCCCAGGAAGGACAGAAGAGCAUUCAGCAGAAGAGCUCCAAGCCGCGCAAACGUUAAUUUUUAUUAGUUUUAGAUUUUUAGUUGUGGUUUUAAGUUCUGGCAUUUACCCUUAAAUAAAUUGGCAGUUAAGACAGCAAUGCACAGGCA